AUGUACAUCCAGGAGGCCAUGACCGGAGCUCGUAUUCUGCGAUUGAACGAGGGUUUUUUACACGAGGAAGAUGAGGUGAUUGCAAACCAGGCCUUGGUGUUUCCGCUACUUUGGGUAUCGGAGAGAGGUUAUUCAUUACACCUGGGUCUCUGUCCUUCAUAUAUUGAUCCCCCUGAAUUAGUACAUUUGGAGGGGGAUAUGAAUGCUGAUGUUCAUGCCCAAGGGUUGCUAGAGCUCGUCAAGCUCUUUAUUGCAUUUGAUCAGAUCUCAGUACGGCGCAACUCACGUCCUGCAAUCAUCAUGGCUACACAUCUGACCAACACCGAGGUCAAGGUUGCCUCACUAUGCUUCAGCAUGGCCAAUCAUGUCUCGACCCGAACGGCAGACUACCACAUUACACGGGAGUGGAUGAGGACUAUUCUCUGGCAGGAGGCACUCAACAUGGGCUUGCUAUCUUCUUCAUCGUGCGAACCCGUCUUGGAAUUUGGAUUUCCAGCGCAAGUUGGCCGCGCCUUACUCCAGGCCUUGCGGGGUUUCAACGAGACGGAUUUGCUACCAUUGGGACGAGACCAGGCUAGUAGCCUUGAUAUACAGAAACACAAGCCAUGGCUAAUGGCUCGUUACAGUUAUUGA